UGCAUAAGACAGACACCAUAAAAAAUUUAACCUCAUUUUCUUUCCCAAUAUAAAGCCCCCCUCUCAAUCCUUCUCUUCACUCACCAGCUCAUCUCUUUUCCAAGAAACAACAAACAGUAAGAGUUGUGCAUAUUUUUAAUUCUGAAAAUGGCAGACAAUGGAAAUGGAAAUGGUCACAGUGAUGACCCUGAGAAGCAGAAGCUUCUGUUGGAAGAGCAUGAAGAGAAGCAUUUCAUGUCCAGUGAAGUUGUUCGUGACAUUAUCAUCGGUGUCUCCGAUGGCCUUACUGUCCCUUUUGCCCUCGCUGCGGGCCUGUCGGGCGCUGAAGUCGCUUCCUCUAUCAUUCUCAUUGCUGGCAUAGCUGAAGUUGCCGCUGGAGCCAUCUCUAUGGGCCUCGGAGGGUAUCUAGCAGCGAAAAGUGAAGCUGAUCAUUACAUGAGGGAGCUCAAGAGAGAACAAGAAGAGAUCAUCAAUGUCCCUGACAUAGAAGCGGCUGAAUGUGCUGAUAUUCUCGCCCAAUAUGGGGCUGAGCCCCAUGAAUAUGAAGGUGUGGUUAAUGCUUUAAGAAGGAACCCACAACACUGGCUUGAUUUCAUGAUGAAGUUUGAACUGGGAUUGGAGAAACCAGAUCCAAUGAGAGCCCUUCAAAGCGCUGUAACAAUUGCUUUAUCUUACAUAAUGGGUGGUUUAGUGCCACUUCUUCCAUACAUGCUGAUUCCGGUAGCCACAGAAGCAUUGGUGGGAUCAGUGAUUUUGACCAUUCUAGCGUUGCUGAUAUUUGGGUUUGCCAAGGGCUAUUUUACAGGGAAUCAGCCGUUCAAAAGUGCUAUGCAAACUGCUUUCAUUGGUGCCAUAGCUUCUGCAGCUGCCUACACCAUAGCUAAAGUUUUCCAGAGAUGAUGUUUUUAAUUUGCCGCAAAAAUAUUAUAACAAAUUCCUACUUUGUUCAAAUGUUUUUCUUGUUAAGUCUUAAUUGCUUCUGACAAAUAAGAAAUUCAUUCAC